CGUGCGCGAGCACAACUUAUUCGUGAGCGAGCAGGGUGAAUUCGUGCGAGAGCAGAGAAAAUCCUGCUCGCUCACAAAUAAAAUGUGCUCUCGACUUUUGGCACUAAUCUGACGCCAUAGUAUGCGGCAUUGAACUCGAUUUGGUGAAAGUGAAAGUAUUUAGUGUGGAGGAGAGAAACGUGAAGAGGUUUUCCAGAUAAUCGCGUGUUACUCCAGUGUGAUGGAGGGUACGAAACCAGAUUCACCUCAACCCAGCUGUGUCUCCAUGAAGAGCGAUCAGUCAAUAGAUCCUCCACAAAACUUUAAAGAUGGAGGAUGUUUUACUGAUCUGAGAACACAAAAGAAGAAAUUAAAUGUUACUUAUCAGUUGGAAUCCAUAUUUAAGGAACUGGAGCUCAAAGUCAUCAGCAUGUUAAAGAAUGAGCUAAACAAGUUCAAAAAGCUACUGAAUGAAGAUUACCCAGCAUGCUCUGAGCAGGAGGUAAAGGAUGUGGAAGAUCUGAGUAGUUUCAGAGAGGGGGCGCUAAAGAUCACGCUGAAUGUUCUGAAGCUCAUGAACCAGACAGACCUCGCUAACACCCUGCAGAGGAAACUAUUAAUCCCUGUAUAUCAGAAAAAACUCAAAUCCAAUCUGAGAGAGAAAUGUAAAAGAAUCUGUGAAGGAAUCUCCCAGCAUGGAAGCUCAGCACUUCUGAAUGAGAUCUUCACAGAGCUCUACAUCACAGAGGGUUGGAGUGAAGGCGUCAAUGAUGAACAUGAGGUCAGACAGAUUGAAGCUACAUCCAGGAGACCAGCAGUACAGGAGAUUCCCAUCAAAUGCACUGACCUCUUUAAAGACACGUCCAUUAGAACUGUGCUGACUAAAGGAAUCGCUGGAAUUGGAAAAACAGUCUCAGUGCAGAAGUUCAUUCUGGACUGGGCUGAAGGAAAAGCAAAUCAGGACGUUGUCUUCAUAUUUCCACUUCCUUUUAGAGAGCUAAACUUGAUGAAGCAGGAAAACCUCAGUCUGAUGGAACUUCUUCAUCAGUUUUUUCCAGAAGUGAAAGGUCUGCCAUCAUUAGACUGUGAUGCUUAUAAAGUUUUGUUCAUCUUUGAUGGUCUGGAUGAGUGUCGAAUUCCUCUAGAUUUUCAAAAUAAUGAGCGAUUGUGUAACAUAACAAAGUCAUUAAAAAUGGAUGUGCUGCUGACAAACCUCAUCAAGGGGAACCUGCUUCCCUCUGCUCACCUCUGGAUCACCACUCGACCAGGAGAAGCCAAUCAGAUCACGACUGUCUGUGUAGCCCAGCUAACAGAGGUACGAGGGUUCAGUGAUCCUCAGAAAGAGACGUACUUCAGGAAGAGGAUCAGUGAUGAGAACCUGGCCAGUAAAAUCAUCACUCACAUGAAGUCAUCAAGAAGCCUCUACAUCAUGUGUCACAUUCCAUUCUUCUGCUGGAUCUCAGCCUCUGUUCUAGAGAGAAUUCUGGAUGGAGCCGAGGAGAAAAAGAUCCCCAAAACUCUGACUCAAAUGUUCACUUACUUCCUGAUCUUUCAGAUAAAACACAAGGAACAAAAGUACCAUGGGAAAUCUGACCCUGAUCCUCUUCAGACCAGUGAGACGAUACUGGCACUGGGAAAACUGGCCUUCCAACAGAUGGAGAAAGUAAACCUGAUCUUCUAUGAAGAAGACCUGACAGAAUGUGGCAUUGAUGUCAAAAACGCAUCAGUGUACUCAGGAGUCUGUACCCAGAUCUUCAUAAAAGAGGCUGGGCUGCACCUGGGUCAGGUCUUCAGCUUUGUGCACCUGAGUGUUCAGGAGUUUCUGGCUGCUUUAUAUGUAUUUCUCACCUUCAUCAACAAAAACAGAAAUGUGCUGGUGAUGCAAAACACUGAAUUCUUUAACAUCUUUAGAAACUAUACAAACAUGUCUGACUUUUUGAAGAGUGCAGUGGACAAGGCCUUACAGAGUAAGAAUGGACACCUGGAUCUUUUCCUCCGCUUCCUCCUGGGUCUCUCACUGGAGUCCAAUCAGAAUCUCUUACGAGGCCUACUGCCACAAACAGGAAGUAGCUCUUACAACAAAGAGGAAAUGGUCAAGUACAUCAAGGAGAAGAUCAGUGAGAAUCCCUCUCCAGAGAAAUCCAUCAAUCUGUUCCACUGUCUGAAUGAACUGAACGAUGAUUCUCUAGUGCAGGAAGUCCAACAAUACCUGAACAGAGAAGGUUCUCUUCAUCAUGAUGGACACCGUCUGUCUCCUGCUCAGUGGUCGGCUCUGGUGUUUGUGUUGCUGAACUCAGAUCAGGAGCUGGAUGAGUUUGAUUUGAGGAGAUAUUAUCCAUCACAUGAAGGUCUUCUGAAGCUCCUGCCAGUUGUGAAAGAAUCAAGAAAAGCUGAGUUUGCUGGUUGUUCUCUAACAGAGGAAAGUUGUGAAGUUCUGUCCUCAGUUCUCAGUUUAAACUCCUCCAGUCUGAAACAUCUGGACCUGAGUAACAAUGAACUGAAGGAUUCAGGAGUGAAGCUGCUCUCUGCUGGACUGGAGAAUCCACACUGUAAACUGGAGAUACUGUGGUUUGCUGGUUGUUCUCUAACAGAGGAAAGUUGUGAAGUUCUGUCCUCAGUUCUCAGUUUAAACUCCUCCAGUCUGAAACAUCUGAACCUGAAUAACAAUGAACUGAAGGAUUCAGGAGUGAAGCUGCUCUCUGCUGGACUGGAGAAUCCACACUGUAAACUGGAGAUACUGUGGUUGUGUCUAUGUUCUCUAACAGAGGAAAGUUGUGAAGUUCUGUCCUCAGUUCUCAGUUUAAACUCCUCCAGUCUGAAACAUCUGGACCUGAGGUACAAUAAACUGAAGGAUUCAGGAGUGAAGCUGCUCUCUGCUGGACUGGAGAAUCCACACUGUACACUGGAGAUACUGGAGUUGUGUCUAUGUGAUCUAACAGAGGAAAGUUGUGAAGUUCUGUCCUCAGUUCUCAGUUUAAACUCCUCCAGUCUGAAACAUCUGAACCUGAAUCAGAAUAAACUGAAGGAUUCAGGAGUGAAGCUGCUCUCUGCUGGACUGGAGAAUCCACACUGUACACUGGAGAUACUGUGGUUAAAUUACUGCAGUAUUACAGAUGAAGGUUUUACUGCUCUGGCUUCAGCUCUGAAAUCAAAUCCAUCAUCAUGUCUGAGAGAACUGCAACUGAGCCACAAUAAUCCAGGAGAAUCAGGAGUAAAACUGCUCAAAGAUCUAGAGGUGGAUCCACAACGUAACCUGAAGGAACUACAUGAGAUCAGAAUCGGACAUUCCAUCAGCGACGCUGAAAAGAACUACGUAAAAUCAAGAAAACGAACAGUUCUGAACUGCCUACAGGAGCACAGCAUACCAUGUACUAAGGAAACGACACCCAACAUUGCCGUGCUGGGUUCUGGUGGAGGUCUGAGAGCCAUGGUGGCACUGCUGGGAUCACUGGGUGCUCUGAAUGAAGUGCAACUGCUUGACUCAGUCACAUACCUGAGUGGAGUCUCUGGAUCGACCUGGUGCAUGGCAUCACUGUACAAAGAACAAGACUGGUCCACCAAACUGGAGACUGUGAAACCCAUCAUCGCUAACAGGCUGACUGAUGGAGAAGUCACAUGGACGGAGCAACUCGACAAGCUGGUGGAGUACUAUCAAACCAAUAACUACAGUCUGACGCACGUCUGGGCGGUGUUUAUAUCAGGAUCAUUGAAGGAGAUAGAUGAAAAUGUUCUUACCAGGCAGAGGCGCAACCACACCAAAGAUCCAUACCCCAUCUACACUGUGAUUGAUCAGGAAGGACUGAACACAGAUGUUUGGUUCGAGAUCACUCCUCAUGAGUCUGGUUACUCUCUCUCUGGAGCAUUUGUGAACUCGUCUUGUCUGGGAUGUAAAUUUAAGAACGGGACUUUGAUUAAGAAACAGUCUCAGAUGGACAUGCUGUACCUACAAGGUCUGUGUGGCAGUGCUCUAGCUGAGAGGAAGGAAAUUCUCAAGUGGCUACGGCACUAUCUCUCUUCCUUCACUAGUCCACCAACUGAUUUAUCAAAACUCCAGAAAUAUAAAAUAGAUGAGCAUUGCUGGUUCCUCCUGAAACAUCUGGAUCUGAACCUCCGUGCCUUGAUAGCGGAUGAGGACAAUACAUCAGUUCACAUCAGUUACUUCAAAUCAGAACUACUGAGCGGAGGGUUUAAUGGUGCAGGUGUUUAUGACAACAGCUGGAUUUUAUCAGAAACCCCGAACUCAAAAGUGGACAUAAACACACAAACACUGGAUCUGUGUAAAAUGUUCAUGUCCCGCUACUGUGGACUGGAUAGGACUGCUGCUGUGGUGAAAGCUUUACAACUAGCAGCUAGCUGGACAUGGGGGACCACCUACAACUUCUUGUACAACAUGGAAGUGAAGGACGUGCCCAGACCUCUCCUGAAAUCAAGGACGAGACAGUACAAGGACGCUGGGCUUUUACUGAACUCAUCAUACAUAUCAGUGCUGAGAAAAGAACGAAACAUUGACCUCAUCAUUUCCCUGGACUUCAGUGAUGGAGAUCCGUUUGAGACAGUGGAGAAAGCUGCUAAAAUGUGUGAAGGUCUGAACGUUUCUUUUCCUAAAGUCCACAUACCUGAAGAUCGAACUCAACCGCGGGACUUCUACGUGUGUAAAGGCUACAGCAAAGCUCCCACUGUGAUCCACAUCCCCCUGUUCAACACUGUCAACUGUCCAGGAGCAGUUAAGGAGUGGAAAGAGAAAUAUCCAACAACAACUAUGCAUUACACUGCUCCCAUGAUCUCAGAUCUUCUGGAGAAAGCUGCAUUAAACAUCCGAAACAACAAGAAGAAUCUGCUGAACGUGAUUAAAGAAAUCGUUCAAGAGAAGAAGCAAAACAACGCCUCUAAUGGUUAACCACUGCCCCCACUGGGAAAAUCAGACCAUAACCUCAUCUACCUACAGCCACAGUACAAACCACAACCACACGCACC